CCGACACGAGAGAGCAUGGCGUGCUAACAGCUAGCUAGCAUGCUAACAUGCUAACGGCUAACAACAAUGAGCCGUAUUUGGCGCUCUAGCGGGCAAAAGUUUGGAUUUAAAGGGAAAGGAUGAGUUCAUCGCUUCUUUUUUGUUGUAUUUUCCUCAAAAUAUUUGACAACCUACAUGAAUUACGCCAGGUUGAUAGUUGUGUGUUUUUAAGACACAAAUAAUUGAUGGAACAGCCCGGUAGCUUUUUGUUUCUUCACUUCACACAGAGAGAGAGACAGAUAGCGCUGCUGCUGACCGCUUCUUGUUUCCAGUGUUUCCCUACAAACAAAACCCUACACUGAACAAUGUCUAACAUCGACUACUUUCAUUGUGUUUGUGCUAGUAACCUCACAAAGUCUGCAAGGUGUUGAGAAGAGUAACAUAGCCGCCAGAUAACGAGGAUUAAACGCUGCGUUGUGUUGUGGUGGGUGUAACGUCUCUGCCGUCUCUAAGGUUACACCGUGCGGAGUGUGGGAAAGUUUGUGAGCCUUCAGUCGUUACCGCGUCAAAAUAUUUUUUGCCAUAACACCGACCAAACAAACAGACUAUGUUUGGCUUUCACAAGUCAAAGAUCUACCGGAGUAACGACGGCUGUUGCAUCUGCAAGACCAAGUCCUCCAGUUCACGCUUCACAGACAGCAGCCGAUAUGAGGAGACCUUCGAGCUGUGUUUUGGGCUGUCAGAAGAUCGUGUUGGAGACAUUUGCAAUGCCUGUGUGUUGCUGGUGAAGAGGUGGAAGAAGCUACCUAAUGGCUCCAAGAAGAACUGGAACCACGUGGUGGAUGCCAGAGCUGGACCAGGCUUCAAGAUGACAAAGCCCAAGAAGAUCAAGAACGGUGAUGGGAAGAAGAAAAGCAAGCUGAAGAAGCUUCAUAAGUUAAAGAGACAAACAGACUCAGAUGCCCACAGUAGUACCUCCAGUGUGUCUCCGGCGCAGUCUCCCAGUUACAGCAACCUGUCAGAUGAUGGCUCAGACAUCGAGUCCAAACAAAGACGCCCGACUCCCUCCACUUUCUCAUUCCUGGACCGUUCGUACUGGAAAAGGCAAAAGGUGUGCUGUGGGAUUGUCUAUAAGGGGCGGUUUGGAGAGGUGAUUAUUGAUCCCCGGCUCUUCAAGCCCUGCUGCAGCUCCAAAAAACAGAAGACACUGGUGUCCACGCAAGUGGCCACACAUCUUCCAGACCCACAUCUUCCAGACACACUUCCUCCACAACUCCCAGAAGAAAUGAAAGAAACCUGGUGAUUGCUUUUGUUGAAUCCCCCUGUAGGGUUAUCCAUGGCAUCCACCUGGAUUUGUCUCCAGUGGCAGACCUCUCAUUCCCACUCACCCCACUAGAUCAAUUUGUUUGAUGUUUCCUUUCCAUGUAAUGUUCCUUUUUUAUAUGGGUAUUUUUUUUUAAUCUUUUGUAUAGAGUUGAUUUUCUUUUUUUAUAGAAAGCAAAAAGAAAAAAAAAAACUUGUUAUGGGCAUUAGUGUUAUUUAUAGGUUGAGGAAGCAAAUUUUGUCAAAGCUCCAUUUCUGAUUCAGAAUUGUUUUAAUUUUGUAUUAAGUGAUCAACGUUUUGUAAAUAUUUUGUCACCUUUUAAUACAUAUCAAGACUGUUCUAUUUUUUUUUUCAUAAUUUGUCUAAUUGUAAAUGCAUAUGAACACCAGCUAUUCUAAUACCAGCUUUUUUUGUGUAUGUUGGAGUGGUUCUUCAACAUGUUGCUGCAAUGUUUUGUCUUAUCUGUUUGUUCCACAUGUGCGACUGCGUGAGUCUGUAGGAUUUUUAGCACACAAAUGGCUAUCGGCUACCCCAGGGAUCAUUAGAACAACUGUUCUCUAUGAAUUUAAUGAGCUUUUUAAUGUUUGUAUAGAUAGGAACGCAUAAUUUCUCUGACAUUUUCACAGUUUAAGCAUGCUAGUUUGAAACACUCCAUUUGAAUUUUCUCCUUAGUUGGUGCACAUUGACUCAGAUAGAUGUGGUUAGACCAUGCAUGCAGUACAUUCUUCUGCCUUUUGGAAUGACAAAAGUGAUUUCUUUCUUUUGUACAGCCUCCAAUGAAAUGACAAUACAUGUUGUAAAGCAAAUGUUUUUAAAAUGGAUUUUGUAAAUACAGUCACAAUGUUUGGCUCUUGGUACAUCAAAACCUUUUUGAAUUACAGGAAUAGCAAACUACUACUUCUGUAAAAAAAAAAAGUUUUUGUGUGUCUGAAAGGUGUUUAAAACACAUGCUUUAAACCAGUUAAUAGGUUUUUAUCACAUUUUCACAUCUCAGACUUAUUUCUGUAAAGGCGUGCAAAGCUGUAGCCUAUGCUCAGUAGAAAUAUGUGUAAACUGCAGGGAACAGUAGAUGUUUAAUUGCCGCAUCAGUGAGCUGCAAUAAUCCUUAUUUGUUUAAUUGCUAAUGGCAUGCAAUGGUCAGAAACAGAUCCUACAGGAAACACCUGACCUAUGUUUUAUGGUUACUAAUGCUGUUGGAGAAAAUGUGUUUAUGAUUGCCAUUUCUGUAAUUUAUCUUCAGAAGUAAUUGUCAAAGUUCAAACUAUGCAGACAUUUUGAAUGUGAUAAGUGCUCUGGGGCUGUCCGUCACUCUCGCUAUUACAGUAUAAAGUGAUGGAUCCUUACUCAACCAAAUUGGCUUGUAAAAAGCAUCCAUUAUUUCAGCAAUAAUUUUACAUUUUCCUAAUCAAAAUUCAUAAUUGUCUCAAAAUAUGUCUUAUGUAUGUCAUGUAAAAAUAAUGCUCAGAUUGCACAGUUUUAGCCAUGGUGCAUACUGUCUCUCAAAUUAAUACUGUAAUGACACGGUUGUUGUUUUUUUUGCAUUAUUGUAACCAAUCUCAAACUUCAUGAAUUGACAGGCAAUGCUCUGUAAAGUUGCUUAAUAUAUAAACUUUUCUGCGGCAGGGUAGUUAAAUGCUGAACAUGUUUUAUGAUUAUUAUUAAAAGGAGAAAUGCUGCUCCCUUUUAA